AUGCCACCGAAGGCAGAUCCUAAAAGCAAGCCCAAUGACCCGCGAAGCAAAUCAGCUGACAGUCGUUGGAAUGUGGUCGGCAAAAACUUGACAAGUGCAGUCUCAAAAAGUCUGCCGACUAUGAACAGAAAGGGGGCAGUUAACGGUUCCGUCACGAAGAGUAAUGCUCCCUCCAACACUACAACCGUAAACACUGAAAAGAAGAAGCGACGACGGAAAAAGAGACCUGAAGAGCAAUUCGUGCAGCCCGAGCCACCGAAGCCCCGAAUCGUCAUUACCAAAGAGGAUAAACGUAACAAGACCCUCUGGAGGCAUAUCAUCUGGCUGAUUGUUCUAUUCGCCUAUUCGCUUUUAGGAGGCCUCAUUUUCAGCGCCAUCGAAGGUGGCUACGACCGGUCAUUCCUAGUCGUGGAGUACGAGAAGAACAUGGAUAUUUUCAAAAGGCGUCGUCACUAUCAAGAGCAAUUGUUUAGAAGAUUUCGAGACAUUGACUCUGAUAAAUCAAUCAGCAACAAUCGUCGAGGUGCGACUCUUGAGAACUACAAGCUGCAGCUGGCGCGACAUGCUCUCGCGUGGUAUGAAAGCAAGCUGGGCGUCAUUGUCGAAGAGCCAAUGAUGAUGGAGAGCAAGUGGACGUUAUGGGGAGGCGUUUAUUAUGCAGCAAGUCUCUACACUACCAUAGGUUAUGGUAACUUCUUUCCACGUACCACAUCUGGACGAAUAAUGUCGAUGCUGUACGCGUUUUUCGGCAUUCCCUUGGUAUUUACAAUACUGUGCGAAUGGGGAUUCCUCUAUUUCACAUGGAUCGAAUACGGCUGGAAUUGGGUGAAUGAAAAGUUCUGCCAGAAAAGUUUGCAGCGACAGGUAGAGAAGCGGUACAUGAGAGAGAGAAUUCGCCGUGUUGGUAGUGAGCUGUCGCUACACAGUAUGUCGACGGUACCACUGCUGAGCGUGCAUCGGACAACCAGUAACAUGGUCAAUACUACCGACCAUCAGAUAGAGUCGAACAAGCCGCUAGGUGAACUCGACGUGGUAUUGCCCGAAGAGGAGCAGGCCGAAACGGUGCCCAUGAAAGCUGCACUAAUAUUUUUCUUUUUGUGGAUCAGUCUAUCUGCAUUUAUUGUCAGACUGUGGGAAUACGAAUGGUCAUAUUUCAGCGCUUUCUACUUCUUUUUCACUUCGCUGACUACUAUAGGACUCGGUGACGUGGUCACAAAAACUCCAAAUUUCAUUAUCCUUAAUCUAGCCCUCACAUUGGUUGGAUUGUCAGUCGUCGGAUUGUGCCUAGCGAUCGUCCAGGCAAAAGUCCGCUUAGUCUUUGAUCGACUGAUCCGUUCAAUCGAUUCCCAGUAUCGAAUACGACAAAUCGAUCCAGAUGUUGCUACAAUGACGUUAAUCCCAGACGAAAAAGAAGGCAUUAAACGGUUGAUUGGGGCUCAACCUCUUCAAGAUCGAAUUGUUUUUAUUUUCAUGGAUGAGCACAAAAAAUGCAUGCUGAGAGAUCGAUGGAAGCUACGCAGCGGAAUGGUGAAUCGCAUCACACAGACCUAUCCGUCCAGAGCAGACAAGUAUGUACAAACUGGAAAUCGUGUCUACGACCAGCCAGGGCAAAUUGGUAGCGCUGAAGAGGAUGACGAAGAUUGGGAUGAGGAAGACGAGAGCGACGAAGACGAGGAUGACGUCGAAUACGACGAAGCAGGCAAUCGUAUAGUUCCUCCAAGCACAAAACGAUACAUCUACACCGUAUUCGACUAG